UAUAGCAAAAUGCAAAUUACUCUGUUUCUUAAUUGUGGGGGUUUCUGUUCUUGCAAAUGUGAACUUUUUGGCCUCAGUUUUUACAUACAAUUCUGAGGAGAAAAAAUGGAUCUUUUUAAGUAAAGAAAUCUCUCUUUGAACCCCAAGUUUUGAAAUUUUUCUGGGAAUUUUAUGAGUUUCUGAAAUGUGGAGUUGGCCUCAGACCUCAGUGUUUUAAAGUUUGUUUUUUUAUCUUAAGAAGAAAAGGGGUUCUGUAUUUUUCUCUUCUGGAAAUUAUCAUGUGGAUUGAUGCUGCUGAAGUAAGUGAGACACCUCCAUCUCAUCAUGCUAUUAAGGUGCAUCAUCUAAUGUGCAUGGAACUAAUUCAGUUGGUAACUAGAGUUUCAGUAUUACUUCCUGAAAUUGAAGCAGCCCGUCCUGGAUGCUCUUCCGGAAGAGAGGCUCUUUGCCGGUUGAACAGUGAAAUUGACAAAGCCAAGACACUGCAUCAGCACUGCAGUGAAUCUAGUAAGCUAUACUUGGCAUUCACAGGAGAUACUAUACUCUCACGAUGUAAGAAAUCAAGAAACUUGUUUGAGCAAAGCUUAAGCCAGGUGCAAAAUAUGGUUCCUGUAUCUCUGGCUGCAGAGAUUUCACAACUGAUAGCUGAACUAAGGGGUGUGAUAUUCAGCUUGGAUCCAUCUGAAGAGGAGGGAGGGAAGGUUAUAAAGGAAUUACUUCAUCGGUAUGUAAAUACAAUAGAUUCAGCUGAAGAAUAUGUCUUCGAGGCAAUUCAAGUUGCUAUGUGGAAGCUUCAUAUCACAUCUCUAAAAGCUCUUUCAAUAGAAAAAAGAUCCAUAAAUGAGAUGAUCGAUAGAGUUGGUGAGGGUGAGACAACAAAAAGGAGGAUCUUAUCGAUAUUUCUGAAGCUCCUUAAUAAGCAUGGAAAAUCAAUUGUGAUAGAGCAAAACAAAUAAUGGCUCUCUUUAGAAGGAAGACUCUUACCCAUUUUAAAACCAAUGUGAAGUGAACUCUCAUUAGAGAUGUCGACUUGACGAUGCUGAAGUGGACAUUCUGAGGAUCUCUCUACCACCAGAUAUGUUUAAAUGUUCUUUGUCUAUGAGAUGGCAUGAUUCUAGAUAGGAAAAUAUGGAGGUCGAGAAUUACGGUAGAAGAUUAGUAGUCGAGUGUUAUCUAGUUUCCUUUUUAGUAUUGUUAUUAUUACUCUCUUACUACUAAUUCUUCACCUGUAGUAUUACCAAUUGUUUCCUUUGCUUCAA